AUGGAUGUUUCCAAUGAGACGUACUAUAUCACCAAUCUAAACAAUGCAGUUAUGUAUUUGAAUAAGUAUAUUCUCAUCAUAUUCUACGUAUUGGGCAAUAUUGGAAAUUUGUUGAGUAUUUGGAUAUUUAUGAAAAAGUCAUGGAGGAAGAAUGUUUGUGUAUUAUAUUUUAAAGUUUCUCUUCUUAUCAGCACAUGUUAUCUCAAUUCAACUAUCCUCGGAGCAAUUUCGAAUUUUGGUUUUCAAGUUUACCUGCAAAAUUCAAAUGUUAUUAUUUGUAAAAUUCAUUAUUACUUCUCUAUUCUCUUAUCAGUUCUAUCACCGACGAUUCUUCUUCUUGCUUCAAUCGAUCGCUUACUUAUCUCAUCUCAAAAUGUUGACACACGAUUGUACAGUUCGAAACGUUUGGCUUAUUUUUCUAUAAGCAUUGGUAUAACCUUCUGGAGUCUAUUUUUCAUACACAUCCUUGUUCAAAUAGACAUUCAUCAGAUUAGUCCGAUGGAAUUCGUCUGCAGUUAUGUUUCUCCCAAAUGGUAUUAUGAUUUUGUUACUUAUUCAUUAGGUGUUAUCAAUGUCAUAAUUUGUCUUCUCAUGAUCAUUCUAUGCCUGUUUGCGUUUAAAAAUGUUCAACGUAUUCGAGCUGCUCCGCUAGGAAAACAUGCGGAAAUUCGAUCGAUGACGAAGAAAGACUUUCAAGUACUUCGCUGUUUAUUUGUUCAAGAUGUUAUUUAUAUAUUUUUCAGCAUGGUAGUUAUCAUCUAUUAUGUUUAUGCGGCCAUAACAGCUGACAAACGACGAACGGCUUUGGGGUUAGCCGUUAUAAAUUUCGCCGAUAAAUUUGUCACUUUUCUUUUUAAUAUCUCGUAUUCGACAUAUUUCUUCGUGUUCCUCACCGUGUCAAGAGCAUUUCGAAUGGAAUUAAAACGUUUGAUUAGAAAGAAUCUCACAUUGAUACAUGAUGAAGAAAACAGACAGAAUAUUCCACAUAUAAGCGAACACGCGGAGGAUGUUGUACACACAAUCGAAAUUCCUAAGUAA